AUGCUUGAUGAUGCUCGAAAUAAGGAGGAGCAGAGCAAGGUUAUCAUGAGAAAUCCAUCACCCAAGAAAUCAUUGUUUUCUCCUCCUCCUAUUUAUGCCCAAGAUAAGUUUAAGGAACCUCCAACAAGUUUGAGGAAUCAGCUUCCCGAGGAAACACCAAGAAAUUACAUUUUGGAAGAUUUUAAAAAAUCGUUCAAAGUACCUCCGAGGACACCACUUGCUGACACUCAGCACUUUAUCCUCAACAAGUAUAAAAACAUUCAUAGAUCUAAAUUUUCGGAAAAUCAUGACACUUUAACCAAUGAUAUGCUCAAUGCUGCAGAAACUGUAAGCAGGGUUUUGGAACAGUGUGAUCCCGAUGAUGAAAAAUAUAAUAUUAGAAUACUUUUGGAGGAAUUGAAUAGACUUGAUAUUCAACAAAAGAAAAGGAAAAGUCUUGUUCCAAUGAAUCCAAUAUCCUACACUAAAAAGGAAAAUAAGAAAAACAUGGAAUCAACAACACGAGAAAAUCUAGAGUAUUCUUCAUAUUCUCCUGCAAAUAGGAAUUUGGAAUCUUUUAGUAGCUUUUCAAUGAAAAGACCAGGCUCUGCCCCGAGUUGUAGACAACAUUCAGUAGCCAGUGUACCAGUAUCAGUUUCGAGAACAUUGAUAAGUAAUAACUCUCAAUACUUGUCAUCUGUAAUGCCUUCGAAAUGUGUAAAUAAUUUUGUGGCAAAUAGGCCAAGCUCAGCAUCAAGACCGAGUUCUGCCAAACGUCCAUCUAGUGUAGCCCAUGUAAGGUACCUUACUGAAGGAAGAGUACCCCCAACUGACAUUUGGGAUUGUGAAGAAGAGAAAAAUGCAAAAGAACAACAAUUGAACGAAAUGUUGUACGAUCUAGUUUGUGAGUAUCACUAUCUUAAAGAGAAGGGAAAGGAAGAAACUGAGAAGGAAAAGAAAGAAUACCAAGAAAUGAAAAUUAACUUUCAACGAAUUUAUCCACUCAUUAAGAAACAUUUCCAAACCUAUUUUGCAUCGAGGAAGGAAAUUAAGUGGAACGAUCAAAAAGUAAUACAACUUAACAAGGAUAUUGAAGAUAUAGCUCUUGAGGAGCAAAUUAGAGAUAGAGUUGAACAAGAACAUAUGGAUUUUCUAACUAAAAAGCUCAAAGUCAACCAGAUUAGAAAAUCCUUCAAAGCUCAAAGACAGCACAACUUUUUAAAGAGAGUAGUUGUUAAUGAUCCUAGAGCCUUGUCUCAACUGCAGAGAUUGUGUACAGAUGAGAGUCUUGAUGAAGCUUUGAAUGAGGAGGUAGAAGACUGGGAAAACGCAGACUAUUACGAUAUGAAUGAUUAUGGGAGACCUUCAUUUGAGAUACCCAAAAUUGAUCUUACAAAAACAAAGAAAAAGUCUGUCGAUCUUACCUCAGUUGGUGGGCAGACUGCAAGGGUUGGUACCCCGACUAUUACGACCAAUGACAGAAAUGCUCAUCUGAAAUACAUGAGACUAAUGACACCAGAAGCAACUCAAACUUUGAGAAAUAGUGCAACUCCUGAUGCUUCUACCUAUAGACCAUCAUCCAGACCUCUCAGUUUAAAACGUCCAUCAUCUAGCCAAAAGCAAAGAACCCCUCCUGGAUUUGAGGAAUUGGACAAACGAACUGAGAUUUCAAUGAAAAAUCCGUUGAACGAAAUUCAUGAUUUUGAAAAGAGAAUGGUAGAGGCAAAAAAGAAGAAUUCCAAGUGGUGA